AUGGAGAAGAUUGAUUUAUCUACCAAUUCUAAAAAAAUUAAAGAAGCUUACGAAAAAGUUGUUAGGGGGGACCCUUCUUCUAAUUACGUGGUUUAUACCGUCGAUAAAAACUCUAGUUUAGAAGUAAGUGAAAGCGGAGAUGGUUCUUUAGAUGAAUUUAUUGAACACUUUGAAGAUGGAAGUGUUCAAUUCGGUUUAGCGAGAGUUAUUGUUCCUGGAUCGGAUGUUUCAAAGAACUUACUCGUUGGGUGGUGUCCAGAUAAUGCACCAGCAAAAUCGAGAUUAUCAUUUGCAAACAAUUUCGCUGAUGUCUCUAACGCAUUUAGUGGAUAUCAUGUUCAGGUCACUGCUAGAGACCAAGACGAUUUAGAUGCUGAAGAAUUUUUGCAUAGAGUUUGUGCUGCGGCAGGUGCAAGAUAUUCCACCCAGGCCUCGUCCAAGCCAGCUCCCAAGCCGGCUGCUUCGAAGCCGGUUGUUGCUAAAUCUUCACCAAAGCCAGCUUUUUCUAAGCCAUCGGUGCCAAAAAGUACUGGUAAGCCACUCUCCCCAAUUACUCCGAAGCCAACCAUUCCAAAACCUGCUGCCGCAUCAUCCAAUAACGAUGACGGAUGGGGUGAUGAAAAAGAAAUUGAAGAAAGGGAUUUUGAAAAGAAGCCAUUGGAAAAUGUACCAUCUGCUUACAAGCCAACUAAGGUUGAUAUUUCUGAAUUGAGAAAGCAAAAAUCUGACACCAUCUCUUCGCAACCAAAUAAAAAGCCAUUUGCUUCGCAGGACAAGUCCGAUGAAACUAGCAAAGAUGACGAUGAACCAAAAUCGUUAUCCGACAGAAUGAAAUCCUUUAAAAGCAGUGACACUUCGGAUGGUAGAUUGACGUCAUUACCUAAGCCUAAGGUCAACCAUUCGGUCGCAUCUCGUUUCAGUCCAGCAAAUACUUCUUCAAAAAGUCCUUCAUUUGGUUCCAAACCUACGCUUGGCUAUGGUUCUGCUAAUGAUAACAAGAAGGAUAAAUUAGUUGGUGGAUUAUCCAGAAAUUAUGCUGCUGAAGGUGGGAAGACACCAGCUCAACUUUGGGCUGAAAAGAGAGGUCAAUAUAAAUCUGUUAAGUCUGAAGAAGACAAGCCAACUCAAAACGAAACUUCUGAAUUAGCUGAUAAAUUUUCUAAGAGUUCGAUUGAUGAUCACGAAGAAGAUUCUACCGAAGAAACAGAAGAGCCAGCUUUGAUUAAACCAUCCACUGGUGGAUUCCCAGUGCCUCCAAAGAGAAGCUUACCUCCAAGAGUUGACGAACCAGAAGAGGAACAAGAAGAAGAGCAAGAAGAACAUGAAGAAGAAGAGGAUGAUGAAAAACCUGUUGAGCCACCUAUCAUAAAACCAUCAACAGGUGCAUUCCCAACGCCACCAAAGAGAAACUUACCACCAAGAGCUGAAGAGCCAGAAGAAGAAGAGGAAGAAGAGGAAGUAGAAAAAGAAGAAACAAAAGCAGCACCUGUCCCUUCUUUACCAGCUCGUAACUUACCUCCACCACCAGCAAGAACGACAGAACCUAAACAAGAAGACGUUGCUCCUACUUCGAAACAUACUGAGGAAAAGUCUGAAGUGAUUACUGCAGUUGCUGAAUACGACUAUGAAAAAGAUGAAGACAAUGAAAUUGAAUUUGCUGAAGGUGAUUUAAUUACUGAAAUAGAAUUUGUUGAUGAAGAGUGGUGGUCUGGUAAACACUCUACAACCGGUGAUGUUGGUUUAUUCCCAGCAUCUUACGUUUCAUUACAAAACGAUUCAGGAAAAGAAGCUUCCACGACCGUUGGGAAGACUUCUGCUCCUGAAACUUCGUCUACACCUUCCGGUUCUGCUGAUGCCAACAAGGGUCCAUCUGCUACAGCAGAGUACGACUAUGAAAAGGAUGAAGAUAAUGAAAUAAGUUUUGCUGAGGGCGAUAAGAUUGUUGAAAUUGAAUUUAUUGACGAAGACUGGUGGUCAGGUAAACAUUCCAGUAGUGGUGAAGUGGGAUUGUUUCCUGCAAACUAUGUUAAGUUAGACCAAUAA